GCGGCCAGCGCGGGGAGCGCUCCCGGCGCGGCUGCGGGAGCGGCAGGCUCCUGCUCCAGCGGGAGAGCAGCCCUGGAGCCGCAGGAGCAAGAUGCCCGUGAAGUUUAAUCUCGCUUAAGAGAUUAAAAAAAAAAAAAAACACCACGGAGAGAAAACAAAAGCCCCCAUGGAUCCUCUGUACUUUCCCAGCACGUUCAGCAUGGAAGCCGCUCCCGGCGAGGUGAACUCCUCCCUGCUGCCCAACGCGACGGAGAACGGGACGCUCCCGGAGCCGCCCCCGUUCCAGUACAUCCACAAGGUGCUCAUCCCCGUCUGCUACCUGCUGGUGUGCGCCGUGGGGCUGAGCGGCAACGCCCUGGUCAUCUACGUGGUGCUGCGCCACGCCAAGAUGAAAACGGUCACCAACAUCUACAUCCUCAACCUGGCCGUGGCCGACGUGCUCUUCAUGCUGGGCCUGCCCUUCCUGGCCACCCAAAACGCCAUCUCCUACUGGCCCUUCGGCUCCUUCCUCUGCCGCCUGGUGAUGACCGUGGACGGCAUCAACCAGUUCACCAGCAUCUUCUGCCUGACGGUGAUGAGCAUGGACCGCUACCUGGCCGUGGUGCACCCCAUCAAAUCCACCAAGUGGAGACGCCCCAGGGUGGCCAAGCUCAUCAGUGCCACCGUCUGGACCUUCUCCUUCUUGGUGGUGCUGCCCGUGAUCAUCUUCUCGGACGUGCAGGAGGACUUCCAGACGUGCAACAUGAACUGGCCGGAGCCGGUCAACGUCUGGUCGGCGGCGUUCAUCAUCUACACCUCGGUGCUGGGCUUCUUCGGCCCCUUGCUGGUCAUCUGCCUGUGCUACCUGCUGAUCGUGGUCAAGGUCAAGUCCUCGGGGAUCCGCGUGGGCUCCACGCGGCGCCGCCGGUCGGAGCGGAAGGUCACCAGGAUGGUGGUGAUCAUCGUGGUGGUCUUCGUGUUCUGCUGGCUGCCCUUCUACACCAUGAACAUCGUCAACCUGAUCCUCAUCCUGCCCGCCGACCCCGUCCUGGAGGGGCUCUACUUCUUCAUGGUGGUGCUGUCCUACGCCAACAGCUGCGCCAACCCCAUCCUCUACGGCUUCCUCUCCGACAACUUCAAGCAGAGCUUCCAGAAGGUUCUCUGCCUCCGCAAGGGCGAUGGGGCGGAGGAUGGAGACCCCGUGGAGCACAGGCAGGAGAACAGCAGCCGCCUGCAGGAGUCCAUGCUGACCCACAGGAACGCGGAGUUCAACGGGCACAUGCAGACCAGCAAGGUCUGAGGGCGUGGCCCGGCACUGCGGAGUCCCCUGGAGGACUUGGGGGACUUCAAGGGUCACGCGGAAGGGAAACGUGGGAGCCCCAGAAGCUCCAAGAAAUGUCCACAGAGGGCUCUUCCCUGCUUUUCCCAGCUGGAGGUGCCAAGCUCUCGUGGCGUCCUGCUGGAUCCGACGUCUGGGACCACUUUGGGUCCUUCGGGGAAUGGUUUCCAGGCUUUGUACCCCUCUAGUGAUGCAAGCCAACACUAAGCCAGCUCUAAUUCCCUUGUUAAGCUUGGUUUAAGGCUGCUUUGCACUGCUGGGAUCAGCUCCGAGCAGCAACCAGCUCAGCUGUUUGGAUCUUUGGGAAUUCUUCAAGGGGAUUUCUGAAAGGAAAAUGAGAUUUCUUCAGAGUUUCAUGCAAAAAAAGGCACCAGCACCGCUCUGGGAAUGGGAUCUGAUGUGCUGGGUGCUGCCUUUGCUUUGUUUUCCUGUCAUUAACCCAUCCCAGGGAGCCAGAACAGCCAGGAACCCUUCACACACAGCCAGAAAGGAUUUUCUGGAGAUUAGGAAAAGGAUUUUUUCCAGAUCAGGAAAACAUUCUGGAAAGGAAUGAAUGUAGCCAUGAGACUUCCACCUUCCCACCCCACGAAAUGUGCCGUGACCCCGUUGUUGUGAUGUCAGUGCUGAUGGCCGUGGGCUCCUGGGGAGACUUUGUGUCCAUUCCUUGGUUCUGAGUGUAACUCUGGACUCAACACUCCAUUUCCAGAAAUUAAACCCAGCUCAGUCCCCUCUGAGUGUAAAUCUGGACUCAAAACUCCGUUUCCAGAAAUUAAACCCAGCUCAGUCCCCUCUGAGUGUAAAUCUGGAUUCAAAACUGCGUUUCCGGAAAUUAAACCCAGCUCAGUCCCCUCUGAGUGUAAAUCUGGAUUCAAAACUCCAUUUCCAGAAAUUAAACCCAGCUCAGUCCCCUCUGAGUGUAAAUCUGGAUUCAAAACUGCGUUUUCAGAAAUUAAACCCAGCUCAAUCCCCUCCUGACUGGUGCAGUUGCCAGGGGUUGUUUGCGCCUCGAUCCUGGAGGUUUUUCCCAACCUUAAUGAUUCCAUAAUUCCAUUUAUUCUCUUGGAUGUGACACUCCCAAAGUCAGGAACUCACUGGACACACCGAGACACAAGCACAGGAUGCACCCGGAGCCUGGCUGGGACCACGAGUAAUUUACUCCCAGGUUUCUCCCAGUAGCAGGCAGUGCUCACCUGCCCUACAGCACAUUCCAAAUCCCAGCACAGCCAGGUUAAACUGAUUAAUUAAUAAAAUUAACUUUUCCCGUAGGUUUGGUGUGAGCUGGGCUGUGAUUCCCUCAGUUUUCCACCUGAAAUGAUUCGUCCUGGAAGCUCCCGAGUGGGAAAUCACUGGAAAGCUCAAGGUCGGGGCAGGAAAAUCUGCCUUGGAAAGAAAAAGGACUUUAAAAAAUUCAGAUUUCUGGGAAGGAGCUAAACCCUGACUUGGGCAGAGCAAAGAGCAUUUCUCCCCUCUUUCCAUGGGGUUUGAUCAAAUCCUUGGAAUUAACCAAGGGAGGUUUUAUCCGGAGGGAACAGACCCUGGAAAAGAGGUGGGUGAACCUUGGACCGAUCCCACCUCUUUUCCUGCCCCCUCGGAUCAGGAUGGGGAUCCCAAUUCCCAGAAAACAGAAAUUCCAGCCAGCCCAUCCAACAUUCCCCUUGGUAUUGCUGCAAUCCAUCAUGUUUAAGGAGCAAAUUUAGGAAAGCUCUGAAUGCCCCAUUUCCCAGGACAAUUCCCUUUCCAACCAGCAGCUCCCUGGGGAAUUCGGUGCCAUGGGAAUGCUGCUUUGGAAGAGUUGUUUCUUUUUCCUGGCCCAAGGAAUUUUGUUCUGGGAGCAGCUCCUGCAGAUCAUCUCUCCCAGUGCCACUCAGCCUUUGCUCCACCCUGAGGAAAAAUCUUUCCUCAGACCUGCCCUGUGCCUUAGGAAGCUCCGCUGGCUUUUCCCUGAAUCCCAAACGCCGUUCCUGGGCUUCUCCUGGCAGCUUGGCAGUGGAAUUUUGAGGAGCCAGCUGAGCUGCCAACGUCCCUGCACACAUUCCAUCAAAACAUGUCAUCCUUCCACAAAGACUGACAAAUUCCCGGGAAAAUCUGUCCUCCCAGCCAGCCCUUCCCAGGAAGCUCCAGACAGCAUCGACACUCCCCAGAUCCCUUUUUUUUCCACACGUUCCAACCCCAAUCCCUCAGCCCCAGGGAUUGAGUGACAUUUUUAAUACCUCGACAGACAAUCCUUCCAAAUUCCAGCUUAUUCAGCUUUUCCUUUGAUUCAUCCAAGGAUUCCGAAUGAUGGCUCUGCUCUGCUGGAAAAAAAAAAAAAACAAAAAAACAAACCCACCCACGGGAAGAUCAUGGAAAAUUUGCCUGGUGCCCAUCUGACCUUCAGGAGGUGGAAAAAUCAUUUGGAUAAAAUAAAAUUUAAAUAAAAUAAUAAAUAAAAAAUAAACUGGAA